CUGGCGCAGUUCGGGAUGGGGCGCUGGGAGCCCAGAGUCCGUCUGGCUUCGGCGACUGGCGGGGGCUCCACCGGCGCUGGGAGAGGCGCCUCGGACGGGCUCUCGGGGGGGGGGGGAGCCGCGUAUGCGCCAGGCAGGCGGGCCCUGCAGGCGGGGCGGGAGCUUCUCUGCCGGAGAGGGGAACGGUCCCCUCCGCCGCUGCCCAGGGAGGCUCCGGGAGAGCCCCCUCCGGGGCCGGGCCGCGUCCCUCUCCGCCCGGCCCCGGAAGAGGCGGAGCGGCGUCGGCGUCCCGGGCGCGGGGCCUCCUGGGCCGGGGCGGGCAUGGAGCGGCUGCCGGCGGGCGCGGCGGUGGCGCUGCGGGGCGGCUCGCCGGGGGCCACCGGCUGCGGGCCCUGGGAGAUGCGCGAGCGGCUGGGCAGCGGCGGCUUCGGCACCGUCUCCCUCUACCAGCACCGGGAGUCCGGCGCCCGGAUGGCGGUGAAGGCCUGCCGCCUGGAGCUGAGCGCCCAGCAGCAGGAGCGCUGGCGCCAUGAGCUGCAGAUCCUGCACGGCUUGGAUCACCCGAAUGUGGUGAAGGCCCUGGACCUGCCGGAGGAGCUGGACUUCCUGGUGAACGCCGUGCCCCUCUUGGCCAUGGAGUACUGCUCCAGAGGAGACCUCAGGAAGCUGCUGAAUGCGCCUGAAAACUGCUGCGGUCUUAAGGAAAGCCAGAUCCUUUCUGUGCUGAGUGACAUUGGAUCUGGCAUCCAGUAUUUACAUGAAAACAGAAUAAUUCAUAGAGAUCUUAAACCAGAAAAUAUUGUCCUUCAGGAGGAAGCCGGAAAGGUAAUCUACAAGAUCAUAGACCUCGGAUACGCCAAGGAUCUGGAUCAAGGAAGCUUAUGCACGUCUUUCGUGGGGACCUUGCAGUACCUGGCCCCUGAACUCUUUGACAACAGCCCUUACUCCAUGACGGUGGACUUCUGGAGCUUUGGGACGCUGAUCUUCGAGUGCAUUACGGGCUUCAGGCCCUUCCUGCACAACCAGCAGCCUUUCAUCUGGCAUGAAAAAAUCAAGAAGAAAGACCCCAAAUGCAUUUUUGCAUGGGAAGAGAUGACUGGGGAAGUUAGAUUUAGCGCUUAUUUGCCAACUCCAAACAGCUUGUGCAGUACGAUUGUAGAAACCAUGGAGCACUGGCUUCAGCUGAUGCUGACUUGGGAUCCACAGCAAAGAGGAGGCGGGAUAGAUCCCAACACAAACGGCUACAGAUGUUUUCAAGUAAUGGAACAAUUGUUAAGUCUGAAGAUCGUCCACAUCCUAAACAUGACGUCUGCCAAGAUCCUUAGUUACGCUCUGCAGCCAGAGGAAAGCCUUCAUUCCCUGCAAGUUCGAAUUGAAUCUGACACUGGAAUAAGCUCAGGAAACCAGGAGCUUCUCCUUGAAAUGGGGAGCUGCCUGGACCCCCGGAAGCCGGCCUCUCAGUGUGUCAUCGAGGGCGUAAAAGGCUGGGAUAGCUACAUGGUAUAUUUAUUUGAUAAAAGCAAAACUACAUAUGAAGGCCCUUUCGCUUCUAGGACGCUUUCUGAUUCUGUAAAUUAUAUUGUCAAGGACAGCAAAAUUCAGCUGCCCAUUUUCCAGCUUCGGAAGAUCUGGGCUGAAGCCGUGCACUACGUCAUUGGCCUGAAGGAAGACUACAGCCGCCUCUUCCAGGGCCAGAGAGCUGCCAUGUUGAGUCUUCUGAGGUACAACACCAAUUUAACCAACAGGAAAAACAACAUGAUCUCAGCAUCACAGCAGUUGAAAGCCAAACUGAAUUUCUUCCAGCAAAGUAUCCACCUGGACCUGGAACGUUACAGUGACCAAAUGACCUACGGAAUCUCCUCAGAGAAAAUGUUAAAGGCUUGGAAAGACAUGGAAGAAAAAGCUUCGUUGUGCGAAAAGGUGGCAGAUAUCGGCUCCCUGGAUGAACAGAUCAUGGCGCUGCACACCGAAAUUGUGGAGCUGCAGAGAAGCCUCCACGUGCGACGUCAGAACGACGUCAUGGAAAAUCUGGAGCAGAGAGCAAUAGAACUCUACAAGCAACUGAAGUCGAGGCCUCCAGACCACGUCUACAGCGACAGCACAGAGAUGGUGAGGAUCAUUGUCCAGACGGUUCAGAGUCAAGACUGGGUCCUCAAGGAGCUCUUCAGGCAUCUGAGCAAAUUGCUGGGCUGCAAACAGAAAAUCAUCGACUUGCUUCCCAAGAUUGAUGUGGCUCUGAACAGCAUCAAGGAAGCUGACAACUCAGUCAUGCAAAUGCAGGGGAAACGGCAGAGGGAGAUCUGGCAUUUGCUGAAAAUCGCUUGCACUCAAACUUCUGCUCGAUCGGCCAGCUCCAGCGUGGAGGGUCCCGUCCCGUCCUCGGUGCCUGCCUGGCUCUCCCAAGCUGCUACGGCAACCAUGUUGCAGCCUUUGCCUUUUGCAGAAGCCUCUAGAAACACGUUGAAUUUUGCACAUUUGUUAGAAGAAAAUCUAAGCUAUCUUGACAGUUUUAGCGCCGUUAUACAAGAAGCAAGACACGGCCAAAAUAGCAGCAUGACGAGCCUCGACUGGAGUUGGCUGAAUUAGCGCGUCCGAUGUUGCACAUCCACAUUUGCAAAAAUGGGCCUUUUAACCUAAAAUACCUCUUUCUUUUUAAUGAAAGAAGGACCCAGAUCGAAGAUCUUGCGUCUUUAUCUAGUUCUGGAGGUUGUGGAAAAGUGGCCUUGCUUCUCCCUCUAAAGGAGGGGUGUCAAACUGCCGGUCCGCGGGCCGGUUGCAUCACACGGAGGCCACUCCUGCCCCAGUUCUAGCAGUGUAAAAAAACUUGCGAUGUAUCGCGACAUGUCACCUGACGCAGUGAGUUUGACAGCCGUGCUCUAAAGCACCACAGACAGAAGGCCUUCAAUCGUAGGAUCUGUGUUGCAUUUUAAUUAAAUACCCCCCAAAAGAUCACGUAGUAUGGAAAACUAAAGAAAUGUGCUGAGGCAGAAAUAAUGGCAAAUGUAAAAUAAAUUAUCUGUUAUAUAUUGUAUUCAUAAAAGAGAAUAUAUGUAGCUCAGGGUUGAAUUAUGAAGUCUUUGGUGCUCUCCGAGUUUGGUUGUUUUCUUGCAGACCUUUCAUGACCCAACUAGGCAAUAUCCUCAGUGAUGCAUUGAUGAUGUUACCUAGUUUGGUCAUGAAACAUCUGCAGGAAAACAACCAAACUCGGAGAGCACCAAGGACUCCGUGUGGUUUAUUACGCACCUUCUGAGCCGUUCUCUUUUCUAUGGUUCUUACAGAAAUUAUUCAUAGUAUAUUUCUAAUGAACAACAUUGGGAGUAAUUUUAUAAUAUAUUAAGCAUUUGAUUGUUUUUUUUUGUUUUUACUUUGAAAAUAUCAGAUACAUACCUUCCACUUAAAAACAAUAGCUUACAAAUGUCACAAAUAAAAUAAUCUCAACAAGUAA